UCCUCCCGACCCCGCGACCAUGUGAAGGCCAGAGUCCGGACAUCCCGAGGAGCCACCGUGAAAGAUGGGGGAUGCUGCAGACCCCAGGGAGAUGAGGAAGACGUUCAUUGUUCCAGCCAUCAAGCCCUUUGAUCACUAUGAUUUCUCCAGGGCCAAAAUCGCCUGCAAUCUGGCCUGGCUGGUGGCCAAAGCCUUCGGGACAGAAAAUGUACCAGAGGAACUUCGAGAACCAUUUUACACAGAUCAGUAUGACCAGGAACACAUCAAACCACCUGUUGUUAAUUUGCUUCUAUCGGCUGAACUGUACUGUCGUGCUGGGAGUCUCAUUCUCAAGAGUGAUGCUGCAAAACCCCUUUUGGGCCAUGAUGCUGUAAUCCAGGCUUUAGCACAGAAAGGUCUUUAUGUCACUGACCAGGAAAAAUUGGUAAAUGAACGAGAUCUCCACAAGAAACCCAUACAGAUG